GGUCCCUUUUGCUAGGAAUGUCGCCUCACCCACCACCCACAUCAUACCAACACCUCCCGCCUCUACAUCCGCUCAACACUCUCACUAAACCUCACCAAACCUCACCAGCUCACAGCUGUUCAACUUGUAAGCCCUCGCCUUCCUGUCAUACUCGCGCUAACAUCUCCCAGAGAUAGCCCCCAAAAAAAAUUUCGACCGUAAACAGGUCACCAAAACAAUCUUCGGCCGUAAAGAAGCCACUACUACAAAACUCAGACUGUAAACAGGUCACCCUUCCCCCUUCUGUCUUUGCUUUUUCAU